GGGCUUCUCCACCCCUCUGCCGACGCUCUAGGGUGUCGACUUGGACAAGUGGUCUUCGCAGGGCGGCGGGCACCGGACCCUGCUCUACGGCCAUGCCAUCCUGCUGCGCCACUCCCACAGCGGCAUGUACCUGAGCUGCCUGACCACCUCCCGCUCCCUGACGGACAAACUGGCCUUCGACGUGGGCCUGCAGGAGGAUGCCUCAGGGGAAGCCUGCUGGUGGACCAUCCACCCCGCCUCCAAGCAGCGGUCGGAGGGCGAGAAGGUUCGAGUGGGGGACGACCUCAUCCUAGUCAGCGUCUCCUCGGAGCGCUACCUGCACCUCUCCACGGCCAGCGGGGACCUGCAGGCUGACGCCUCCUUCAUGCAGACUCUCUGGAACAUGAACCCCAUCUGCUCAGGCUGCGAGGAAGGUCACCUGCAGGACCUGAUCGCCUACUUCCAGCACCCGGAGGAGGAGCUGCGGCACGAGGAGAAGCAGACCCGGCUGCGCUCGCUCAAGAGCCGCCAGAACCUCUUCCAGGAGGAGGUCCUGGACGUGCUCUGCUCUCUGUGCGUCUGCAACGGGGUGGCCGUCCGCUCCAACCAGAACCUCAUCACGGAGAACCUGCUGCCCUGCCGUGACCUGCUGCUGCAGACCUGCCUCGUGAACUACGUCACCAG